CACCGGUCGGCGUCGCCCCAGGGUAGGGUUUGAAAUUCCGCGGGGCCUAACGGCUCGCUCGCUUCGGAAAGACGGCAGCGACGCCGGCGGUCUCUGGGGCGGUGGCGGGGCCGGGACGCGGCUGCGGGGGUGUCCGCCAUGAGGCGAAGCGAGGUACUGGCAGAUGAGACUAUAAUUUGUCUCCAGAAAGCCCUGACUCACCUUCGGGAAAUAUGGGAAUUAAUUGGGAUUCCAGAGGACCAGAGGUUGCAGAGAACUGAAGUUGUAAAGAAGCACAUCAAGGACCUCCUGGAUAAAAUGAUUGUUGAAGAGGAAAAUCUGAAGGAAAGGCUCAUCAAAAGCAUCUCUGUCUGUCAAAAAGAGCUGGAGUCCCUGUGCACUGAGUUACACGUGGAGCCCUUUCAGGAAGAAGGAGAGAUAACUAUCUUGCAACUAGAGAAGGAUUUGCGGACCCAGGUAGAGUUGAUGAGAAUAAAGAAGAAGGAGAGAAAACAGGAACUGAAAGCACUCCAAGAAGAAGACCAAGAACUGUGCGAAAUUCUGUGCAUGCCUCCCUAUGACAUCGGCGGCACCUCGGUGCCCAGCUUGGAAGAGCUGGACCAGUUCAGACAGCACUUGGCAACUCGGAAGCAGACGAAGGCAACUAGGCGUGAAGAGUUUGUCACCAUAAAAAAGCAGAUCAUACUGUGUAUGGAAGAGCUAGACCAUACCCCAGACACAAGCUUUGAACGAGAUGUGGUGUGCGAAGAUGAAGAUGCUUUUUGUUUGUCCCUGGAGAAUAUUGAAACACUACAAAAACUACUACGACAGCUGGAAAUAAGAAAAUCACAAAAUGAAGCCAUGUGUGAAGGACUGCGGACUCAGAUCAGAGAGCUCUGGGAUAGGCUGCAAAUUCCUGCGGAGGAGAGAGAAGCGGUGGCCACAGUUAUGACUGGGUCAAAGGCCAGGGUCAGGAAAGCGCUCCAAUUAGAAGUGGCUCGCUUAGAAGAGCUAAAGAAACAGAACAUAAAGAAAGUGAUUGAAGCAAUUCGCACGGAGCUGGUUCAGUACUGGGACCAGUGCUUUUAUAGCCAGGAACAGAGAGAAGCAUUUGCUCCUUUCUAUGACGAGAACUUCACAGAAAACCUGCUCCAGCUCCAUGAUGCUGAGAUCGUGCAGCUGAGGAACUACCACUCAGUGCACAAAGAUCUAUUCGAAGGCGUCCGCAAGUGGGAAGAAAGCUGGAGGCUUUUCCUUGAAUUUGAGAGAAAAGCUUCAGACCCAAGUCGAUUCACAAACCGGGGGGGAAAUCUUCUCAAGGAAGAAAAACAACGAGCCAAGCUCCAGAAAACACUUCCCAAGUUGGAAGAGGAGCUAAAAACACGGAUUGAGAUGUGGGAGCAGGAGCACUCCAAAGCUUUUGUGGUGAACGGGCAGCGGUUCGCAGAUUAUGUGGCAGAGCAGUGGGAGCUACAUCGGCUGGAGAAGGAGCGUGUCAAGCAAGAAAGACAGCUAAAGAACAAGCAGCAGAUGGAGGCGGAGAUGCUGUAUGGCAGCGCUCCCAGAACGCCCAGCAAGCGGCGAGGCCUGGCGCCCAGCACCCCUGGCAAACUGCGCAAGCUGAAUACCACCACCAUGUCCAGCACUGCAGCCAACGUUAGCAUGCGGCCUGCUUUUGGGGGUACAGUCUACCGCUCGCCCAUGUCUCGACUUCCACCUUCUGGCAGCAAGCCAGCCACUUCCACCUGUUCAGGGAAAAAAACACCCCGUGCUGGUAGGCAUGGUGCUGACAAGGAAAACGAGCUGAACGGCAGCCUCCUGAGUGGUGGGUACCCCAACUCGGCCCCCCUCCAGCGCAACUUCAGCAUUAAUUCUGUUGCCAGCACCUAUUCUGAGUUUGCGAAGGACCCAUCCCUCUCUGACACCUCCACAGUUGGGCUUCAGCGAGAACUAUCAAAGGCUUCCAGAUCUGACACUACUUCCCGAGUCCUCAAUUCGACCAACAUCCAGCCCUGAUCAGCCAGCCAUGGCUUCUUGCUCUUAGUUUAGGGUGCUUUAGACCCUGGACGGUUCCAUUGCCCUGGGCCCAAGUGACAGGAGUCAGAGGCUCUGUGUAGGUCCUGUAGACUCGGGUCUGCUUUAAGCUCAGACUCUGCAUAUAUGACGACGCCUAGUUCCUUUUUCUGCCCCAUGAUUUCACUUGCUAACACACAUGCUCACGUUGUAUUUCACUGCUGUGUAAGGAAACAGAUGUGUAUCUUCUUAGGGACAAGUGUCAUAAUUUUCUUGUGCAUAUAAUUAACAAGGUGAUCGAUUAAUGCUCUUUCCUGCAAGCCAGCAGCGCUUAGACACUGCCUUUCUCUUCUGGGUCCUGUCCCUCAACCCUGGCAGGUGGGAGGCUCUUUCUAAAGAAUUCUGAACUUGGCACAUGUUAAAGUGGGAGCUGAUCCUCAGGCCACCCUGCUGGUCACUGCUGCCCUCCCCAAGCAUUAUUUAUUCCUAUGCCCUCUGUACAAAUGUUUUUUAGAAGUUCUUAAAUUAAAAUAUGUAUAUAGUUCUCAAAUAUUAGUGUUUAUUUUUCCAAGGCACUUUGGUUUGGUCUGUGGAAAAUAAAGACUAAUUUAGCCCAGAGCAGUGGAGCUUUGAGCUGUCUGCACACUAUGUUGGUCCUAUUAUCAGAUAAUGUUUUGCAAAAAUUCUCUCACUUUUACAUUCUUUAAAAAAAAUAAAAGUUUGGUUUUGGCA